GUCAGCGAGGCGCAAAGACAGCUGGGACGAGCCAACAGUUGCACAACAAACCUGCCCGGAGGCUCCCUGACAGGCUCACAAGUCACACACUAGUUUGCUCGGACAACUGUUUAAAAAUUUGGAUCUUAUGGCUGAGAGUGAGGAUAUCUUCCUCAGGGCUAAACAUCGGACUUUCAGCGGACUGACUGAAGACACUCCAUUCAGAGAGAGUCAGGAGCAAGACCUGAAGGCGGCCUUGAAGGGGACAGAUCCCGCCAUCCCAUUGGUGUUUGUCAGUGGGAACCAUGACCUGGGCAACACUCCUACUCCAAGGACACUGGAGCAAUACUGCAGCGCUUGGGGGAACGACUAUUUCAGCUUCUGGGUGGGUGGUGUCUUCUGCCUGGUUCUGAACUCCCAAUUGUUCUAUGACGCCUCGGCCUGCCCUCAUCUGAAGGAGGCCCAGGAGACAUGGCUGGAGGAGCAGCUGAGCAGAGCCUCCUCCUCAACGGAACCCAAACCCAAACACAUCCUGGUGUUCCAGCACAUUCCUCUGUACCUAAAGAGCCCAGAUGAGGAGGAUGACUACUUCAACCUGCAGAGGGUAGUCAGGCAAGACCUGCUGGACAGGUUCAAGAAGGCAGGGGUGAAAGCUGUGUUCUCUGGCCAUUACCACCGAAACGCUGGCGGUUGCCACGGCGGCUUGGACAUGGUCGUGAGCUCUGCCAUCGGAUGCCAGCUCGGCGAGGACACUCAUGGCGUCAGGGUGGUGGUAGUGACCGCCGACAAUGUCAUCCACCGCUACCACAGCCUGGAGCAGCUGAGUGCACAAGGCAUGGACGAGGACCUCAGGAAGCUUCUGCAGGUCUGAAGGCCAAAGGAGGGAAAAAUCACAAACAUGUAGCUUGUUUUUUUGUUUUAUUUUGUUUUUGUUUUUUUUGUACAGUUCAAGCCCCUGUUCUUAGAGGCACACAAGAAGAGGUUUUUGGAGACUGGCGUGUUGGUCAAUUCAUAUCAGCAGAUAAAAAUGUGAGAUAUUAAAUCAGUCAUACAAUAUGUUUCUUGUAAAUCAUUUCUACCAGCAAACAAGUCUUUAAAAAGGGUAAAGUUGACCAAUGGCUCAAUCUCCAAAAAUUCUACGUAUUCAUUAAAGUGAAAAAAAAAUAUGUAUGUUUGACUGAAAAGUGGUCAAUUUAAACGAACACAGACGAGACUACAUGCCAGCCACACAUUAGAAAGUGUACAGAAUCUGGAGCCUUGACUUUAGUUCCUCUCUCUGCUGAAUGUUUUCCUGGGAGCAUCUCUUGGCAGACUGGUUGUUAUUAUCUCUGCCCCCGGCGACCCAACAGGGGCACAUAAAGAUCAUUGAAUGUGUUCUAAAACUGUGUUCUAAGUCAGAUGUUGUCAGUGUAACUUUAAAUGUAUCCAAACUUUUCUAUCGUUAAAGUAAAAUUCCACCCUGAAACACUGAAACCUCAUUGAAAACAGCCCCUGCAGGCAGCCUCUGCAUUUUCUCCCUAUUUCUGCAGAUAACCGUGGCAACAGUGCAAACAGAGAUUCAACAUAAAAGAGGAAACAGAAAGAAGUUCUUGACCAACCGUUGACAGGAAGGCAGAUGUGGCUUGUGUGCGAAAUUCACUUAAGCAAUGUUUAAAGGCUUUUGAAAAGCAUCAUGGGAGAUGUAGGAACUCACAAAGGGAUAUAAAAAUAGAUCAGACAGGCUGAGACAAAGUGUGGAUAAGGAAAAGAUAUAUUUCAGUGUCAUCCCAAAAUGUCUAUUGUACUGAAUGUAGCAUGUUAAUGUUAUCUGACAUGUGACAGAAUUAAAGGGUGGAAUUUUCCUUUAAUGAUCCUACAAUAACCAGCUGUUGUAGCUAUUUCUACUAAGCUUGCUGUUGCUACAGUCUGUUGCCUCGUUGGCUAUCCUAUGCAAGCUAUUCACAUAAACAUAUCGUGUGUGUUUUAUAUGUUUAACGUGGUACAGUGUUUAAAAUGUGGAGCUGACUGCUGACCUCUGAUCAGAUUAUGAGCUAUCUGUAUAUAGCCUCUUACACUGCCCUUACAGGUAAAUGACAGGACCUGAGAAGCUUUUUUUUUACUGUCCAGUCAUUAUAUGGUAUACAGGGAAAUAUUUCCCAGGGUGACAUCUGUGGCAAUAGUUACACCUGAUCUACUAUUUUAAAAAGCCUUUGUUGUGACUCCCUCCACAAUAAAAGCUGCCCCAUGUACUGCCAGUUUUAUACUUUUAAUGUGGAGCAGCAGCAGCAGAAAAUUACCAGCUUUCAUGAGAGGUAACAGUAACUUAAUACAGCUCUGAUAUAAUGUUAGACAGAAAACAGCGUGGCUAAUUUUAAUCAGAUAAAACAGCAAGGCUGAAAAACAGAAUUUAAAGCCAGCGCAGGAAUGGCGGACCCCGCCACCAAGAAUGAAAAGUAUUAUAUGGAGAGGUACUGCCAGAAUGGAAAUAAUUAUAGAAAAUAAUGGGUUUUAUUUUGUGAAAAUCUCCAGGAUUAUCAUUUUAAAGUCUCAGUGAAACAGAAUUUAGAGUGUCUUUAGCUACUGUGCUGUGAUGUAUUUUCCAGUUAAACAGAAUAUUUGAGCCAAGUACACUUACAAGAAGGAUUUUAAUCAAAUCUCUUGCAUUUGGUGCAUUUGAUUGGAACACUUAAAAGUGGCGGGCUUCAAGUUAAGCACGAUACGGAGCUACAGCAGACUGUUGGCUCCACGCACACCUCCCUUACCUGGGGCAUGUUCGGUCUGAAAACAGUCUGCACUGUUUUGCUCCAGUUUCUGGGUUGGAAAACAUGUUUCCUGGAAAUCUUAGUACACUAUCUGCCAGGGCUUUAUGGAUAUGUUUGCUCUCGUUUGGUGGGUGUGUCAGAUGUGUUACCAAAUUAGCAGCAAUGUGUAUAUCCUCCUGAGACCUGACCUGGUAUGCAUUUUUAAUUUCCCCUAGCUGUUUGGGGUUAGUAGGACACGAUAAGUAUAAAAAACGAAACAUUGUUGACGAUAAUUAAGUCCCAGUGUCCUCAAACGAGUGCAUCCUAAUUAACAGUGUCUUAGCUUGUUACCGUUACUAAGAUUAGUCAAACGUGUUGCCAUAUCAAACUACAAACAUUAUUAAUCAUAGAGAAACAAGUUUCAACCAUAACAUUUGAUCAGGUUUUGGACCUUUUGUGUCAAGAUAAACUGCAGACUGACUUGGCAGAGAUGGCUGCCAUCUUGUUUUUACAUGGAUUAGUGUAUUGUGGUCUUACCACCACUAGAUGGCGCAAAAAAGUGUCCACAAAGGAGGACAACAGGUCUAAGUCAAGUAGAAUGAAGUAUGAGGUCCUGUAAACCCAAAAUGUGAAGACACAGGGACUCAGGAGGAUAUAAACCCCACCAUAUUAAAAGACUGUGUUUGCAUUGGUAGAUCAAGAGGAGGACAUGGGAGAGAUGAAUGAAUUAGACCUCCACUUAAUAGUUUUGGAAAUGAAAGCAAAGGUUUUACCCACUGAUAUCCAAACACAAAUAUCUUCCUAUCUCUGUUCAUUUUGUUCGUUAGAUACAACGACCCGCAAAUGAUUAAGUGUAGUUUUAUAUGACUGUUAUCGCCCAAAUUCUUUUUUGAUUGGAUGAGCUUAACGCCUGAGUGCUGGAUGAGUCAUCAAACGUUGAAGCAAUUUUGAAAUAAAAGAUAUUGCAGGGAUUUGGAUGUAAAAACGUUCCGAUAUGGAGUUUUUUUUGUUGUUUGUUUUUUCUUUGUUUUUUACCAUAUAUUUGGCAUAACGAGAUAAAUGAACAAUUAAUACAGGGACACCAGAUUAGAACUGGGAAAGUCUAUUUUCCAUUUCACUGGGUUUUUAAUGUCAGAUCCUUUGCUGGGGAUCAGACUUUAUUUGUGCCCGAACCCAUUACUCUAAUACAGAUAAAUUACUGUAUUGCGAGUGUUGCAAUAUCCAUGUGGUUUGUUCUAGCUGCUUGUUUAUGAAAGCAGACUGUUGUGUUUUUUGCGAUGGAGAUAUUUCAUCAUAGGACCAGAGAUGAAAUCAAAAUCUAUGAUGCAACACUUAACUUGUAGAUCACGUCUAAUCAGUUUAAUCUGUUUAGGAUGCUGGCUGUAAAUAAAAUGAAUGAGGUGUGAUUGUGUUAAAUGCCAAACUAAAGGACUGGUGUCAGGCUGAUAAAUCGUAGUGAUAGUGAUGUGAUUAAUGGAGGGGAGAGCACAGUAUUUCCUGACUGUUUAGUCAUAGCUGAAACAACCUCUCAGUGUUACAGCCUGCGAGCUGCAGGCUUAUUUGGAAGCUCACAGUCCUGAAAUUGUCUUAAAAAUCGACAUUUCUGCAACAAAAUGACUUUCUCUCUGAGCCCUAAAUGACUCUACUCGAUUACACUAUCCACACACACACACACACACACACAGACUCUCACACUCACUCUGACCGACUGGGAAUUUAAGGGAGUUGUCAUGGCAACCCUUUAGCAACACAUCUGUGUGUGUCGGAGAGAGAGCGCGGAAGAGAAAGUGUACGUACUCCCCGGCUGUGUGUGUGUGUGUGUGCAUGUGUCCGUCCGUGGUCUGGAGGGUACUGUAGGUGAUUUUCCAUCAGCGACGCGAUCGCUGACCUCAUUUCACACUGACGGAUUCUGUCUCUUUUCCAAAAAGUCAGCAUGUGAUGGAGGGAGGAGGGGGGGCGUCUGAGAGGAAUGGAUAAUGAGUGUGAUGUGUGAAAGACGACUCAGUCCAUCUCCUUCAUUUCCUGUCUGAGAAGGAACCUUAUGUCCUUAUCUAUUUUUAUAUCCUCAUGGUAGCCGAGCUCAAUCACAUUGUUCUUUAUCUUUUUUUGUGUGUGUGUAUGUGUGUGUGAAUUUUGUUUUAGAGCACAUUUGCUCUAUGAAUCGGGGAACAUCACACGCUUUGACACGUUCCCGUGUUGAAUUGUGAUGAAGGACCAUACGGGACGCCAUGACUGUGACACAAUUGGUUGUAUUUUUAUAAUAAAUGUUGAUUUUAUCUAA